GCGCGGAAGCAGCGCCGCGCGGCCCGCCAGGCCGGGGAGCCGCAGCUUCGCCGCUCGCCGGCCGGCGCGCCUCGGAGGCCCGAGCCAUGGAAUCGGAGGAGGAGCAGCACAUGACCACGCUGCUGUGCAUGGGCUUCUCGGACCCCGCCACCAUCCGCAAGGCCCUGCGCCUGGCCAAGAACGACAUCAACGAGGCCGUGGCGCUGCUCACCAACGAGCGGCCGGGCCUCGACUACGGCGGCUACGAGCCCAUGGACAGCGGCGGCGGCCCCAGCCCCGGGCCCGGCGGGGGCUCGCGGGGCGAGGGCGGCGGCGACGGCGGCGGCGGCCCCUCCCGCGGCGGGAGCACCGGGGGUGGCGGCGGCUUCGACCCCCCGCCCGCCUACCACGAGGUGGUGGACGCCGAGAAGAAUGAUGAAAACGGAAACUGCUCGGGGGAAGGGAUCGAGUUCCCCACCACGAAUCUGUACGAGCUGGAAAGCCGCGUUUUGACCGAUCACUGGUCCAUCCCCUACAAGCGGGAAGAAUCACUGGGCAAAUGCCUGUUGGCGUCCACCUACCUGGCCAGACUCGGUCUUUCCGAGUCUGAUGAGAAUUGUAAAAGAUUUAUGGAUAGGUGUAUGCCUGAAGCAUUUAAAAAGCUCCUGACAUCAAGUGCUGUUCACAAGUGGGGUACUGAAAUUCAUGAAGGAAUCUACAACAUGUUGAUGCUAUUAAUAGAACUGGUUGCAGAGAGAAUUAAACAAGAUCCGAUUCCCACAGGUCUCCUGGGUGUGCUUACGAUGGCUUUCAAUCCCGAUAAUGAGUACCAUUUUAAAAACAGAAUGAAAACAUCUCAAAGGAAUUGGACAGAAGUGUUUGGGGAGGGAAAUAUGUUUGCUGUUUCACCUGUGUCUACUUUCCAAAAGGAGCCUCACGGAUGGGUUGUGGAUUUGGUAAAUAAGUUUGGAGAAUUAGGUGGAUUUGCAGCAAUCCAAGCCAAGCUUCAUUCGGAAGAUAUAGAACUUGGGGCGGUCUCAGCUUUGGUGCAGCCCUUGGGGGUGUGUGCGGAGUACCUCAAUUCCUCGGUGGUUCAGCCGAUGCUAGACCCAGUCAUCCUUACUGCGAUCCAGGAUGUACGGAGCGUGGAGGAAAAGGACCUCAAAGAUAAGAGAUUGGUUAGCAUCCCCGAGCUCUUGUCUGCCAUCAAGUUACUCUGCAUGCGCUUCCAGCCGGAUUUGGUGACCGUGGUGGAUGACCUUCGAUUAGACAUCCUACUGCGCAUGCUGAAGUCGCCACAUUUUAGCGCUAAAAUGAAUUCCCUCAAAGAAGUAACCAAACUAAUAGAAGAUAGCACUUUAUCCAAAUCUGUGAAGAAUGCUAUAGAUACAGACAGAUUGUUAGAUUGGCUGGUUGAAAACUCAGUUCUGUCCAUUGCACUGGAAGGCAACAUAGACCAAGCACAGUACUGUGAUCGUAUAAAGGGGAUUAUUGAACUCUUGGGCAGUAAAUUGUCUUUAGAUGAACUUACUAAAAUUUGGAAGAUACAGUCGGGACAAUCAUCUACUGUGAUCGAGAACAUCCAUACUAUUAUUGCUGCAGCAGCUGUCAAAUUUAAUUCAGAUCAGCUUAAUCAUUUGUUUGUUCUCAUUCAGAAGAGCUGGGAGACGGAAAGCGAUAGAGUAAGACAGAAGCUGUUGAGCCUGAUUGGACGAAUAGGCCGGGAAGCUCGCUUUGAGACCACGUCUGGAAAGGUGUUAGAUGUACUCUGGGAACUGGCCCAUCUUCCGACCCUGCCCAGUAGCCUUAUCCAGCAAGCCCUGGAGGAGCACCUGACGAUCCUGAGUGACGCAUACGCGGUGAAGGAAGCAAUCAAGAGAAGCUACAUCAUUAAGUGCAUAGAAGAUAUUAAAAGGCCCGGAGAGUGGUCAGGUUUGGAAAAAAACAAGAAGGACGGAUUCAAGUCGUCUCAGCUUAACAAUCCCCAGUUUGUAUGGGUGGUGCCAGCCUUGCGUCAGCUCCACGAGAUCACCCGCUCGUUCAUAAAACAGACCUAUCAAAAGCAAGACAAGAGCAUCAUUCAAGACUUGAAGAAAAAUUUUGAAAUCGUGAAGUUGGUGACCGGAAGUUUGAUAGCUUGUCAUCGACUUGCAGCCGCUGUGGCUGGACCCGGAGGCUUGACUGGUUCCACGCUGGUGGAUGGCCGAUACACUUACCGGGAGUAUUUAGAGGCCCAUCUAAAAUUUCUAGCAUUUUUCUUGCAAGAAGCCACUCUGUAUCUGGGUUGGAAUCGUGCCAAGGAAAUCUGGGAGUGUCUUGUGACUGGCCAGGAUGUUUGUGAAUUGGAUCGAGAGAUGUGUUUUGAAUGGUUUACAAAAGGCCAACAUGAUCUCGAGAGUGACGUUCAGCAGCAGCUUUUCAAGGAGAAAAUUCUUAAAUUGGAGUCAUAUGAAAUCACCAUGAAUGGGUUUAACUUAUUUAAGACUUUUUUUGAAAAUGUGAAUCUUUGUGAUCAUCGAUUGAAACGACAAGGAGCUCAGUUGUAUGUAGAAAAGCUGGAAUUGAUAGGAAUGGAUUUCAUUUGGAAAAUAGCCAUGGAAUCACCUGAUGAAGAAAUUGCUAAUGAAGCUAUUCAGUUAAUCAUAAACUAUAGUUACAUUAAUCUAAAUCCCAGAUUGAAGAAGGAUUCCGUAUCGUUACAUAAGAAAUUUAUUGCUGAUUGUUACACGAGAUUAGAAGCAGCCAGCUCAGCACUUGGUGGCCCCACUCUGACGCAUGCAGUGACCAGAGCAACAAAAAUGCUUACGGCAACUGCUAUGCCAACUGUAGCAACAUCCGUUCAGUCUCCAUAUAGAUCCACCAAACUUGUAAUAAUCGAGAGACUGCUGCUUUUGGCAGAACGCUAUGUGAUCACUAUAGAGGAUUUUUACUCUGUUCCACGAACUAUUCUACCUCAUGGUGCCUCAUUUCAUGGACAUCUUUUAACUCUCAACGUCACGUAUGAGUCUACCAAAGAUACCUUCACUGUAGAGGCUCACAGUAAUGAAACCAUAGGGAGCGUGCGAUGGAAGAUAGCCAAGCAGUUGUGCUCACCUGUGGACAACAUACAGAUAUUUACGAACGAUAGCCUGCUGACCGUGAAUAAAGAUCAAAAGCUCCUCCACCAGCUGGGCUUUUCUGAUGAACAGAUCCUCACGGUGAAGACUUCGGGCAGCGGGACCCCAUCCGGCAGCUCCGCGGACUCCUCGACCAGCUCCAGCAGCAGCGGCAGUGGGGCCUUUAGCUCAUCGUACGCCAUGGAGCAGGAGAAGUCCCUCCCUGGUGUUGUGAUGGCACUUGUAUGUAAUGUGUUUGACAUGCUUUACCAGCUCGCCAAUCUGGAGGAGCCAAGGAUAACUCUACGCGUACGAAAGCUUCUCCUGUUGAUACCCACUGACCCAGCCAUUCAGGAAGCCCUGGAUCAACUUGAUUCUCUAGGAAGAAAGAAAACAUUACUGUCCGAAACGAGUUCUCAGUCCUCAAAGUCUCCAUCCCUGUCCUCAAAGCAGCAGCAUCAGCCAAGCGCCAGCUCGAUUUUGGAAAGUCUGUUUCGCUCUUUUGCUCCGGGAAUGUCCACCUUCCGAGUGCUCUACAACUUAGAAGUUCUGAGCUCCAAACUCAUGCCAACAGCUGAUGAUGACAUGGCAAGAAAUUGUGCGAAAUCCUUCUGUGAGAACUUCCUCAAAGCAGGAGGGUUGAGUUUGGUUGUAAAUGUCAUGCAGAGGGAUUCCAUCCCCUCAGAAGUAGACUAUGAAACAAGGCAGGGAGUUUACUCCAUCUGCCUACAGCUUGCAAGAUUCUUACUUGUUGGGCAAACAAUGCCCACGUUGUUAGAUGAAGACCUCACCAAAGAUGGCAUAGAAGCACUUUCUUCUCGCCCAUUCCGAAACGUCAGCCGGCAGACAAGCAGGCAGAUGUCCUUGUGUGGUACCCCAGAGAAGUCCUCCUACCGACAGUUGUCCGUGUCCGACAGGUCUUCUAUCAGGGUCGAGGAGAUCAUCCCUGCUGCGCGAGUUGCGAUACAAACAAUGGAAGUAAGUGACUUCACGUCUACUGUGGCUUGUUUCAUGAGGUUGUCAUGGGCUGCGGCUGCAGGACGACUGGACCUCGUUGGGAGUAGCCAGCCAAUUAAAGAAAGCAAUUCUCUGUUUCCUGCUGGAAUUCGAAACAGACUCAGCAGCUCAGGAAGCAAUUGCAGCUCUGGGAGCGAAGGGGACCCAGCAGCCCUGCACGCAGGCAUCUGCGUGCGCCAACAGUCUGUGUCCACCAAAGACUCCCUGAUCGCCGGGGAGGCUCUCUCUCUUCUUGUCACGUGCCUGCAGCUUCGGAGCCAGCAACUGGCAUCUUUCUAUAACUUGCCCUGUGUUGCCGAUUUUAUCAUUGAUAUUCUGCUUGGAUCACCAAGUGCUGAGAUUCGCCGUGCUGCCUGUGAUCAACUAUACACUCUUAGUCAGACAGAUACUUCAGCUCAUCCAGAUGUGCAGAAGCCAAACCAGUUUCUCCUAGGUGUGAUUCUCACAGCCCAGCUACCUCUCUGGUCCCCAACUAGUAUAAUGAGAGGAGUCAAUCAGAGACUACUAUCUCAGUGUAUGGAGUAUUUUGAUCUAAGGUGCCAAUUAUUAGAUGAUCUGACAACCUCAGAAAUGGAGCAGUUAAGAAUCAGCCCGGCUACCAUGCUCGAAGAUGAGAUCACUUGGCUGGAUAACUUUGAGCCUAAUCGCACGGCUGAAUGUGAGACCAGUGAAGCAGACAACAUCUUAUUGGCAGGACACCUACGGCUCAUUAAGACCCUUCUUUCACUGUGCGGGGCAGAGAAGGAAAUGCUUGGUUCAUCACUCAUUAAACCAUUGUUAGAUGACUUCCUUUUCCGAGCUUCUAGAAUUAUUUUAAAUAGUCAUUCUCCAGCUGGCAGUGCCGCCAUCAGUCAACAGGACUUUCAUCCAAAGUGUAGUACAGUGAAUAGCCGACUGGCAGCCUAUGAAGUCCUUGUGAUGCUGGCUGAUAGUUCCCCGGCAAAUCUUCAAAUUAUCACGAAAGAACUGCUUUCCAUGCAUCAUCAGCCUGACCCUGCUCUCACCAAGGAGUUUGAUUACCUUCCCCCUGUGGAUAGCAGGUCCAGCUCAGGGUUUGUGGGGCUGAGGAAUGGCGGUGCUACGUGUUACAUGAAUGCAGUCUUCCAGCAACUGUAUAUGCAGCCUGGUCUGCCUGAGUCGCUACUUUCAGUAGAUGAUGACACAGACAAUCCAGACGACAGCGUAUUCUACCAGGUGCAGUCUCUCUUUGGGCAUUUGAUGGAAAGCAAGCUGCAGUAUUAUGUACCUGAGAACUUCUGGAAGAUUUUCAAGAUGUGGAACAAAGAACUUUAUGUGAGAGAGCAGCAGGAUGCAUAUGAAUUCUUCACUAGUCUUAUUGAUCAGAUGGACGAAUAUCUCAAGAAAAUGGGGAGAGACCAGAUUUUUAAGAAUACUUUCCAGGGCAUCUAUUCUGACCAGAAGAUCUGUAAAGACUGUCCUCACAGAUAUGAGCGUGAGGAAGCUUUCAUGGCCCUCAAUCUUGGAGUUACUUCUUGUCAGAGCUUGGAAAUUUCUUUGGACCAGUUUGUUAGAGGAGAAGUUCUAGAAGGAAGUAAUGCAUAUUACUGCGAAAAGUGUAAAGAAAAGAGAAUAACUGUGAAAAGGACCUGCAUUAAGUCUUUACCUAGCGUCUUGGUAAUUCACCUAAUGAGAUUUGGAUUUGACUGGGAGAGUGGACGCUCCAUUAAAUAUGACGAACAGAUAAGGUUUCCCUGGAUGCUAAACAUGGAGCCCUACACAGUUUCAGGAAUGGCUCGCCAGGAUUCGUCUUCUGAAGUUGGUGAAAACGGGCGAAGUAUGGACCAGGGAGGUGGAGGAUCCCCACGAAAAAAAGUUGCCCUCACUGAAAACUAUGAACUUGUCGGUGUCAUUGUCCACAGUGGGCAGGCACAUGCGGGUCACUACUAUUCCUUCAUUAAGGACCGACGGGGGUGUGGAAAAGGAAAAUGGUACAAGUUUAAUGACACAGUCAUAGAAGAAUUUGACCUAAAUGAUGAGACCCUGGAGUACGAAUGCUUUGGAGGAGAAUAUAGACCAAAAGUUUAUGAUCAAACAAACCCGUAUACAGAUGUUCGCCGAAGAUACUGGAAUGCCUAUAUGCUCUUCUACCAAAGGGUCUCUGAUCAAAACUCCCCAGUAUUACCAAAGAAGAGUCGAGUCAGUGUGGUACGGCAGGAAGCUGAGGAUCUCUCUCUGUCAGCGCCGUCCUCACCGGAAAUUUCACCUCAGUCCUCCCCUCGGCCCCAUAGGCCUAACAAUGACCGGCUCUCUAUUCUAACCAAGCUGGUUAAAAAAGGUGAGAAGAAAGGGCUAUUUGUGGAGAAAAUGCCUGCUCGAAUAUACCAGAUGGUGAGAGAUGAAAACCUCAAGUUUAUGAAGAAUAGAGAUGUAUACAGUAGUGAUUAUUUCAGUUUUGUUUUGUCUUUAGCGUCACUUAAUGCUACUAAAUUAAAGCAUCCAUAUUAUCCUUGCAUGGCAAAGGUGAGCUUACAGCUUGCAAUUCAGUUCCUUUUUCAAACUUAUCUACGGACAAAGAAAAAACUCAGGGUUGAUACUGAAGAAUGGAUUGCCACUAUUGAAGCAUUACUUUCCAAAAGUUUUGAUGCUUGUCAGUGGCUCGUUGAAUAUUUUAUUAGUUCUGAAGGACGAGAAUUAAUAAAGAUUUUCUUGCUGGAGUGCAGCGUGCGAGAAGUACGAGUUGCCGUGGCCACCGUUCUGGAGAAAACCCUAGACAGUGCCUUGUUUUAUCAGGAUAAGUUAAAAAGCCUUCAUCAGUUACUGGAGGUCCUACUUGCUCUGUUGGAUAAGGAUGUCCCAGAAAACUGUAAAAACUGUGCUCAGUACUUUUUCCUAUUCAACACUUUUGUACAAAAGCAAGGUAUUCGGGCUGGGGAUCUUCUUCUGAGGCACUCAGCUCUGCGACACAUGACCAGCUUUCUCCUCGGGGCCAACCGGCAAAACAAUCAGAUACGUCGGUGGAGUUCAGCACAAGCACGAGAAUUUGGGAAUCUUCACAAUAUAGUGGCGUUACUUGUUUUGCAUUCAGAUGUCUCUUCCCAAAGGAACGUUGCUCCUGGUGUAUUUAAACAACGGCCACCUAUUAGCAUCGCCCCCUCCAGCCCUCUGCUGCCCCUCCAUGAGGAAGUAGAAGCCUUGUUGUUCUUGUCUGAAGGGAAGCCUUACCUGUUAGAGGUGAUGUUUGCUUUGCGAGAGCUGACGGGCUCGCUCCUGGCGCUCAUCGAGAUGGUCGUGUACUGCUGCUUCUGUAACGAGCACUUCUCCUUCACCAUGCUGCACUUCAUUAAGAACCAACUAGAAACGGCUCCACCCCAUGAGUUGAAGAACACGUUCCAGCUCCUCCAUGAGAUACUGGUCAUUGAAGAUCCCAUACAGGUGGAGCGAGUCAAAUUUGUGUUUGAGACAGAAAAUGGAUUAUUAGCUCUGAUGCACCACAGUAAUCACGUGGACAGCAGUCGCUGCUACCAGUGUGUCAAAUUCCUCGUGACUCUUGCUCAAAAGUGUCCUGCUGCUAAGGAAUACUUCAAGGAGAAUUCCCACCACUGGAGUUGGGCUGUACAAUGGCUACAGAAGAAGAUGUCAGAACAUUACUGGACUCCACAGAGUAACGUCUCUAACGAAACAUCAACUGGAAAAACCUUCCAGCGGACGAUUUCAGCUCAGGACACCCUGGCGUAUGCCACAGCUCUGCUGAAUGAGAAAGAGCAGUCCGGGAGCAGUAACGGCUCGGAGAGCAGUCCCGCGAACGAGAACGGGGAGAGGCACUUACAACAGGUCGCUCCGGUAGAAAAAGGAAUGAAACAUUGCUGGCGCGCUCACCGAUGAAGCAGCCGUGAAUGUCCUGCCGAGCGUCGCGUCUUCCCUCGGCCUGUAUCACCUUGCGCCAGGGCGGUCUCCUCCGUGGUCCCGCCACAGUGCUUGGCACAGAAGGCUCAUUAAACGAAUCCUGUUGAUGUUGUGUGUGCCAUUGUUUUCUAACCUUUCCAAUUCUCACAACAGCCUCUUGAGGUCCCUGUUACCCUGACUUCACAGAAGGGACACGGAUGCCCAGCACGGUGAUGUGGUGUGACCCAGCAGUUGCCCUCGUCACCUACUCUGUUUGCAGAGAAGAUCAAAGCUGUGGGACGAGAGGUCUCGCGGCUGCCAGGCUCACAGGCCCCAGGAGCAUGUGUCCCCGCACGCGUGUACCCGCACCCUCGCCCACCUGGAACCUCUCCCUCUCCGCACGUCCCUUCCAGCAGUGUUUUGACACACCCUGUUCUCGCCUGUUCUCUAAAAACGACUCUCUCCCCUCUCUUCCUCUUCCCUCUUUCCCCGUUUGCACAGUCAGACUUCUCCAAGAAUUGUCAGAACUUACAGUUCUUCUCUCUUGCUCCUCCUGGGACCUCUUCCAGGCUGACCCCCUGCCUAGUGGCUGGCUCACCACUAGGUAGGGGUGACAGGUGGCCUCCACUUGUCAGGCCUGGUCGUAGUGGAGCACACAGCAGCAUGGGACCUUGCCGGCCGCUCCUCGCCUCUGGACAGUCUCUCCUGGGGCCUCCACGGUGCCUCACCCUCCUGGCUUUCCUCCAACCCCUCCACCUGUUCUCUCUCCGUCUCCAUGGCUGAUUCUCCUGGGUGCCAGCCGGGGCCAUCCAGCUCCUUCCCUCAAAGGCCUCUCACGGCCAACAUGCCUGAUGCCUCCGCCCACCCCAGCGAGGGCUGGCCUUCCUUGGUGUCCUUAUUAGAAACAGCGCCCUGUGUAGCAGGUGUCUUUCUGGACAUUCCUUCGCACGCUGCAGUCCGUUCACCGAUUGUGCCAGGUUGCCCUCUUAAACAUCUCCUGUGCGUCUCUUCCAUCCUCAUAAGGACUGGAGUGUCCUUGGUCUCUGAGGAUGCCCCUGCAUCACUCUUCCUUCCCUCAAUGGGUCUCCAUUGCUGUUAGGAUAAAAGCCAGAAUCCUCAGCACAGGCCUGCUAGGUUUGGCCCCUGCCUACCUCUCUCCUCUCAUGUUCUGUGUUCUGGAUGCUGAUGGCCUUCUCAGAGUUGAUCAGAUACCCUCUUUCCUUUUGCGUGGGGCUUCCCCCACUCACCCCUAACUCCCACUCGGCUUAUGUGUCACUUUGUGGAGACUGCCUGCCCGUUCCCCACCCAACCCCCACCCACAUCAGCCCCAACACACGACAGACAUUCAGAACUUUGUUCGCAUAUCAGCUGAAGGCCGCAUGGCUGGUGACAGAAACGGAAUUCAGGGGUGAGCCAGAAGCUUCCUGGUCUUCGGCAGGCAGUGCAACACAGUGCUGGGGACGCAGUGGUUCACGUGGCUUUCCCAAGCGCGGCCUGCAUUGUUGUAUAGGAACAUGAUGACCCGAGGGCUCAGUGACCACACGAGAGCAUAGAAAUGAGAGUUUUGCACAAUCAGGAACUGUCAAACACAGGGUGUUACAGUUAGGUUUUUAUUUCCCUUUGAUCAAACGUGAAGCUGUUGAAUGCGGACAUUACCGAACACAAAUAAGUCCCUCGGUGUUGAGAAGCUUUUCUCUAACUUGACCGUGCAUGAACUUAACCUCCUUCUCUUUUUCGAAGGGUUCAGAGUCACCCAUGAUGAUUGGCGAGUUGAGAAGCGACCUGGACGAUGUCGACCCCUAGAGGAACAGCAUGCCCAGCGUGCGGUGAGGAGUCACAGCUCUAGCACUGGGUGUUCAGCGCCCUCUCAAAACCCAGUUCUCACCCUUGAGCCCUUUAGAAGAGCCCGAAGCUCGGACUAGGAGAGCCUGCCGUGAUCCCAGAGGAGCAUGUGUUUUUAAAGAAGGCACUCUUGGCCCCUGGAGAAGGUUAAGGAGCUGUUUGGCAGUGGGAGGAGGCCUUCCUCCGGAUCACCUGUCCCGGGGCACAGUCCAAAUGUGGAUUCACAGUUCUGUGGAAAUUCUAGGAAAUAAAGCCGCUGGCAGACUUUUUCGUUUCACAAACAUACAAGAGUGAAUGAGGGUAAAGCCGUUGCUUUCUCUUUGAUGCUACAACAGAAGUUCCUUUGGAUUUUAUAUUUAAAAAAAAAAAAAAAAGCAAGCUGCCUUUAGAUAGGCGGGGGCAAAUUUUUAAUCUUGCAGUAACAUUGAAUAGGAAUAUCCAAUUUAAAAUGAUGUAAAGAUAGGUAAUAAAAUUCCUUUCCAUUGUAAAAUAGUAGUUGAGGAACUCCGUUUACACAGACCUUUGUAUUUAAUAUGUCUCCCUGUUUGUAUAGAAUCUCAGACGGGUCAGGACCAGAGGCCUAGGCAUGAAGUUGGACCGUGAUGAAAUGUUACCAGGAUCAAAAAUUGGGAAAUUUAUUAUGCUCUUUAUUAAGGUAUUUUUCUGAUAUGAUUCAGGUUGAAAAGAGCAAUUAAAAAAAAAAAGUGUUCUUCAGAAGUACAGGGUUCAUUCUUUGAUAUCAAUCACUAAGGAAGUUGUGGCAUUUUUCCCCAAAUUUUGAAAACCGCAAAAUAAAAAGCACUUUAAAUUAUAACCUUACGGAGUUUGACUUCAUAAAAUCACCUUUCUAAUGCUUGGAGACAUAUUGAAUAAACUGUAGUCUUAAA